GUGGCGCAGUGUCGUCUGCUCUGAGAAAUCGUUUGAGUUUUACGUUUAUUCAAACUUGAAGCACUUUCGACCAUGAAUAACUGGGAAAAAUUGGUGAAUAAUGUCGAACCAGGUCGAAUCAAACGGAAGUCGACGUUCAACGGAAGUGAUACUGGCACAUGUUUCCUGCUGUGUGUUUUCCACUUUGACAAACUUUGUGGUCGAUGACAUUACCAAAGCAAUGUAAACUCGAACCGCUAUCAAUUGAUCUGCACCACAAGGCUCAGCUCAAAGCAAGCUGGUGAACAAUAGUGGAAGUUUUGUUACAGAAAAUCAACUUUCAACACUAGUCAUCUGAAAAUGUAUCGGCAAUCAGACCUGGUCUUGUUGGUGAUCUUGCUCGGACAAUGCUGCCAACCACUCUUGGUUGGGGGAGUCGAAGUAACACAGUUACCUCAACGAGUGCAACUGGGUAUUCCACUGGAGAUCGUUUGCCGUGCCGAGCAGAGAGCCGGGCAACCCGUAGUUUUAUCAUGGCGAUGGAUAGCUAACGGUGUAGUCGUCAAUCUCGACCAUAAUCGCCUACCACCAGGAGCUGAAAAGAUAGUAAAUGGUGUUCUGAAUUCCGGCCCCAGUUCCAUCGCGUCUGUCGUCAGUCGCAUCCGGUGGACUACAGUCCCAAAAGAAGCUUCGGGCAUCUACCAGUGUCGAAAUUUGAACAGCGCCAACCAGCUGACAAGCAACACCACCUUGACUGUCUCUACUUCGACCCUGAAUGGCGAUGAUAAUCGUGGGAUGCGCGAAUUCCACGAUCGGACAAGAGACGUCCACAUUUUCACGAGAGGAUCGACUUUCAAUUUGACGUGCUAUAAUGGUGACGCAUUCGGUCAGGUGGAAUGGCUCGGACCUUACAGAAUGGAGGAGGAUGCUUACUAUCACCGCGAAAAAGAAACACCCCCAAGAUUUCGGUGGAUAAAAAAACUCGAAUUCGGCGAUUACUCCGAGUCCACCUCUAUUCUGAUUGUCCAGAACGCCAGUUAUUUGGACACGGGCUAUUACACCUGCUACAAUAAAGAUAACCUGAACGACAUUUAUUACCGUCAAUUUGUUUACGUCGAAGAUCCUGAACAUUUGAUACUUCCACCGGCCAUGCAGCCCGCGGGACCCAAUCGAGACUUGCGAGUCAUUGGCCAUUAUUCAGAAUCCAAUGUUCAGGUUGGCUGUGGCCCGACUCAUCCAUCCGUUCGGGUCAUCCUCAAAAAAUUCGACGACGACAAUAAAAUAAUCGCCUCCUCUGAAGUACCCGACGAUCCCAAAAGUGACUGGAGUUUCAAUCCCUUGGAAGGAUUCCGGAUCAAGAUCGUCGAUUCGUGGGAGAUGAAAGGCCAACACCAAUGCGAGGCGACGUGGCCUAAAUCACUCAAGAAGAGCAUUUCUAUGAAAUUCAAAAUAAAAAUUCAGGGAGUGCAAGUAUUGACCAAUGUUGAUAAUUCCACUCCGAUCGUAGAGGGAGAUCAAAUCACUUUGACGUGUCGCAGUAAAAACAAAGACGCGAUGAACCUAGCCUGGCGAUGGUUGCCCGCUGUUUCUCCGCCUAACCAGACGAUCAAUUCUUUCAUGGAAAUCAGCUCAGCUAGUCUCCCAGCCGGUGGGAAAGGUUAUUCCCUGCCGUUCGAGGAUGAAACCAGCCCCCAGGAAUACCCACCACCUUUGGGAACGUUCCAGGUACACCGAUUGAAUUGGACCAACAUCCCGAUGGAAGCCAAAGGAAUAUACCAGUGCUACGACGCCAAUAAUUUGAAUAUUCCCGUCAGCAACGUCACAGUGAAUGUCGCUAGUUCUAUGGCACCGUUUAUAGUUAAUGCGGAUGAUGAACCUAAAGACGUUGAUCUGAGAAGCGAAUUUUCACUUGAAUGCCGGGACACUGCCGCCGUCCCAAAGCCCAGAGUCCAGUGGUUCAUGAGAAUUGGAAACCAUUCGGCUGAAGAAAUCCUGGACGACGGACGGACCAAGUACCACGACAUUAACACGACGGAUGACAGACGCAACAGCGUCCUCAUCGUUUACUACGCCAGCACCGACAUCACCUACUUUUGCAAGUUCAGCAACUUUCAAGGAUCGAAGGAAAAGUAUUUCCACGUCAAAGUUCACGGACUGGGAGCCGGAAUCAUCUCCGCCAUCGCUAUCGUAGUAGCCUUCAUAGUCGUUGGCUUCAUCCUGCUCGCCCUCUUCCUUAAAAGUUCCUUCCAACAAAAGAAAGUCUAUCAAGAGUUGAUUAACAACCGUUUGAAGCUCCUGGAAGGCAAUUUGGAAAGAAUUAAUCCCGACUCGCCUUUGGAGGACCAACUGGACCUUUUGCCCUACGACAACAAAUACGAAUUCCCCUCCAAUCAUCUGGUUCUUGGGAGACAAUUGGGUGCCGGGCAGUUUGGUCGUGUCGUUCAAGCUAAAGCCGUGGGUAUGGGCCCUGGGAACAGCAAAGUCGCUGUGAAAAUGGUCAAGUCAGCCCUGGACAACACUGGACUGACGUCGCUGGCGUCUGAGCUCAAGAUCCUGAUCCAUCUGGGCUUCCAUUUGAACGUCGUGAGUCUUCUAGGAGCCUGCACCAAAAAUCUCAUCAAAGGCGAGUUGAUGGUCAUCGUGGAAUUCUGCGCCUACGGCAACUUGCAGGACUUUUUGAUGACCAAUCGCAGCCAUUUCAUGAACGAACUGGACGAAGAAGGUGAUCCCUCACCCGUCUGUCAACAGAAAGCUGCGCCUCAGCUGGUGCCUCAAUUGAUUCAAAAUAUUCAUAACAUGAAUUUGAGCUCGACGCCGGAGGAAAGCGCUGCCAAACCGACCCCACCUGCUCAAGUUCCCAGCGGCAACAACAGUUCGGAUUACAAGCCUCGCUACUGGUCGCCCAACAGCAGCAAGAAGGAGGAGUCCCGCAGUCCGAUCGUCUGCACUCACGACCUGAUUGAAUGGUCCUACCAAAUCGCCUGCGGAAUGAACUACUUGACUAAGCGAAAGGUGUUGCACGGAGAUUUGGCGGCCCGUAAUGUUCUGCUGGCCGACGACAACAUUGUCAAGAUCGCCGAUUUCGGACUGUCGCGCCAAGUCUACAAGAAUUGCAACUACCAGAAACAAGGACAAGAAGCUCUGCCUGUCAAGUGGAUGGCCAUUGAAUCUCUGGUCGAUCGAGUCUUUUCUUCCAAGUCGGAUGUUUGGUCCUAUGGCGUGACCAUUUGGGAACUCUUUUCACUCAGCAAACAACCCUAUCCAGAGGUGAAUGAACUGGCGGAAUUGAUCCGCUUUCUGCAAAGUGGCCAGCGGAUGGAGAGACCGGAAUUGAUGCCCAGAGUCAUCGGCAACGUCAUGGCGGAUUGCUGGAAGCACAAUCAGGAAGAGAGGUUGACAUUUGCUCAAUUGGAGGAGAUUUUGGGCGAGAUGGUGACUCCAAUCAUUCGCCAACGUUUCGCCGGUGCGGAGGAGGUGGAAGAAACGAAUAAUUACAUGCAAAUGAACAAAGAAACUGAUGGGCACAGUAAUGCUGGGGCAGCAGAGUCCAUGCCCGACUAUUUAAGGAUGAACAGCACUGGCAAACGAGAAGAUUCUCCACCAUCAAAUGCUCCCACUUCAUCACAGCCUCCGAAUGUCCCUCUCAAAUUGUAUCCGAAGUUGAGUGUGACGAAUUACAUCAACACCAGCACAGAAAUCAACACACCUCCGCAAACGCCGAUGGCUUACGCCAAUAUCGGAGGACAUGCGCCCUUGUCUCCCACAGAGAGUCUUGCAGACACCAACUACUUAGCCAUGUUACCUGCCGGACAAGUUUGAAAUAUUUGUUUCUUUUCCCAUUCAUUCCCGCCAAUGUAUCUGCCGUGUUGCGUCACCAUUAAGCAUUCGUCGUGUCUCCUCUGUUUCAUGUUUUUUCCCAAUUUUCUUGAUGUCGGUGUAUUAUGGAGUAUGUUAUAAUGACUAAAUUGAUGGUGUAUUUAAAAUCUCUGACGAUUACAAACAGCCACCAUUGCAGUAAUAAAUUAAAAUAGAUAAACG